AUGAGAGACGCCAUCUUGGCACGCUUCAGCCUGAGCCGCCUCAACUUUCAGCCCGUCUAUGAAGACCGGGGCGAUUGUGUAGCGGUUGUUGUCCCUGACCCUUCUCAUCGCCAGGGUCGUGCUUUGGGAUUUAUCAAAUAUGAGAAGCACAGCGGUUGCGUGACAAUUUCCAACUCCUGUGCCGAAAUGGGGCUGAAUGUGCUUGAGCUCGGGUACUCGUCGGAGCGACUCGAUUCUAACGCCGCUGGCUGUCAUGAAGAGGGUCUCAAAUUGGCAGCGCUGGUGAUGGUGCGCAGUGGGUUGAAUGUAGACCUCUUUGCCAGCCGAAACCACUGGCACUCCGGCCUGUUGAGAUCUCACUUUUACUGUGAAAUCAAGCCGUCUGAACACAAUGGUUCCGAUGGCCGUGAUCCCGCCGAGGACAUGUUUCGGCUAAGCCCCAGGGCUGACAGGGAUUUGGCUCACCUGACCUUUGAUAUUCGAGGAUUAACGUAUCCUUCGGACAUCCUGGAAACCGAGGCCGGGGAUCUCGUCCUUGAUCCCAAAUUCUACGGCCGCGUCUACCUCAACGGAAUGCGCCUCCCGUGCUCAGGGUCGGAACUCCAGCAGUAUCGAUUUGCGUAUAAUUUUCUGCAUGGGAAGGUGAAUCGCGACCGACAGAUUUUGGUCGAUCGAGAUGAGGAAGCCAACAUGGUGCGACGAAUCUGGGAAGCCGCAAUCCGGAAACAUCGGGUUGCUUUCCUUCCCAUCUACGUUAACCUGCUGCGGAAUUUUCCCAAGGCGCUGGAUGUUGCUCAUUUUCUGGAACCUCCAACCAAGCAUCUCAUCUGGAAGCAUCUGCUGGACGAGGCUGGCGAUGACAAAUUUAAUCACAAUGAGAACUCCAGUGCCGAGCGGGUGCCAGCUGACCAAGAACCAGAGCAUCACAAGUAUUCAAGAAAAAGUCUGGAGCGACAGCCCAUCAAGCUGCCAGAGUCCUUGUGGAUUCUGUUGCGCUCUGACUCGCCAGUCCGGACACCAGAGGAAGAACAAAUCGAACAUUUCAAAAAUGCCGAGGUGUAUUCCAUCCCCGAGACCAGCUUUGCACGAAUUUGCACGAACCGUUCACAGAGCGUUCAUGGCUUGCAUCACGGUUUUCUUCAAGGCCGAACUAUCGAGGUAGAGUAUGUGCGUGCAAAAAACAGUGCAAUCCAGGCGCUUUAUAAAUCUCAUUGCCGGCUUUUGACGGUCGCGCAUCAGUGGCUGGACUUUGCAGGGUCGCACAGACCAGUAUUUUGUCGCGAAAUUCUCUCCUCCAAAUUGGGUGGACAGUCAUUUUUCUGCGAUGAUGUCGACUUUCGCGACAACGCUCUCUUCUUCGACCAUGUUACAUGUUGUGGAAGAGUUGCUCAAAUUCUGCCUUGUUCCGCUGCUGGGGCGGUCCGCGGCUUUCAAAACCACGGAAGUGAUGAUACUACGGAAAAUACGGAGGUUGCUUCGGCAUAUGCCACACACAAUCACUGUGUCGAGGUCGUUCCUGGCUGGGGCAUUGAAAAUUACGUGGGAAGACAACGAGACGGAGUCAUUCCGCAAACGCUCUAUGCAUGA